CUGGAUUGUAUGCCUUCCACCUUGACCCGCCUUGGGACGCUGUUCCUGAUCACAUGUUUCAUCAUGUCCACCACUUCUGCAGCUGUGCAGCCGCUCUCACAUUCCAUGUCGCAGCAGAAUGAGCGCAUACACCCCUGAGCUGUGCAGCUGCGACGAUGCCGAAUCGAUCGUCCGCUGCUCCAUCCGGAGCUGGCAGCUCCAAAGCGACCGAACUGCCUUCGCUAUCGCCUCAGGAGCUGGCAGAGAUGCAGACGCAAGAGAUCGAAGCGCUGACUUCCAUUCUGGGCGAUGACUUUGCACCUUCGCCCGCGCCCCGGACGGCGUGGAACUCGGCACCGGCCAGCGAUGCGCAACCUUCUUUCGAUGUUGUGCUCCGUCCCAGGUCGGAGGAGCUCAAGGAGCACCUGGCCGUCGUCGUGAGGCUCAAGCUACCGCGUCGGUAUCCCCUCCUGCCACCCAUCUUCAGCGUGCUCGGUCCAGAAGAACCGGCAGCAGAUGCUCGCACAAAGGGCAUCACCCCGGCCAGGCGAGCUGCGCUUGGCAGCGCAUUGACGCAGAAAGCCAAGCAGCUGGUGGGCGCAGAGAUGAUUUGGGAUCUCGUGGAGCUUGCAGCAGAGUGGCUCGAUGCUCAUCACGAAGUCAAAGUGGAAAAGGAUCCUCUCAAGAGUCUCGACGACGAGCGAGAUCUUCGAGCCAGGCGAGCCGAACAGGCCGAGCAAGCCUUGGCUUGUGCUCAGUCCGAAAAGGCGGCUUUGGCGGAAGCAGAACGCGCCAAGAAGCUCGCUGCGCUCAUCGAGGAGCAAUCUGCUCUCAGAAGCGCCGCGAUGGCCGAAGAGCUGGAGAAGCAGAGGAGCAAGCAGAUCGACGCUUCCUCGGCCAGAUCUCCCGGCUUGCUGCGAUCCGAAAGCACCUCCCACAUCCUCUCACUUAGCUCCGAACAGCUACGGCAGCAAGGCAUCGUACACUUUGUAGAUCCCAUCGAAGGUCCAGAGGGUAACGACCGCCCUCCGCUUCAUGCAGUCAGGCUAGGCCCUGUACUCCGCAGAGGCGCAUUAGCGAACGUCCACCUUGCCGAGCCCGUUUCCGAUGACUCCAUCGUCGCAAAUGAGAAGGGCAAGCAACGAGAACGCGAUGCAGAUCAAGUGGCUGCUCCGUGGGAAAUGCAAGUGUUCCGCAUAGAUUCGGAGCACUACGCCCUGGUUAGUGGACGAAGACAACUUGAGGAGGUGGAGUGGGAAUUGGACAGGUUGCGUGCCGUCAGGCAUCCGGGCUUGGUCGCGGUAGCAGCUAGCGCCAUGGUCUUCUCGGAUUCGGAAAGGGAUGAAGACCGCAGCCAAGCAAAUCCCGCAACAUCUUCUUUGCGUCAAAGAAAGCUUUACGUCCUGCACGACAGGUCGCCUGGGCCCAGCGCAGCGGAGCUGCUCCAGCUCGUACCAUUCGUACCCUGGAAUCGCGUUCGCUUCCUGAUGCUUUCGUUGCUCGGGGGUCUGCUGACUCUCCAUUCUAGCAACGUACUCCAUCGAAGCGUCAGCUUAGAGACCAUACAGCUAGUGCGAGAUGCAUCGAAAGCGGCAGGCUGUGCGAAGCUGGCAGGAGCAGGCUACGUGGGUCGCCUAAGCGAGCUGAACAGUCAGCAUCCUCUCCGACGUAGCGAACCGCAGUUACCUCUCGCCUCGGCAAACGACCGCCUGCCAGCGACAUGGCAAGCACCCGAGUUGCGAGAAGGCGGCGACACGAAUGCGCAACCUGCCCCGACUAAUUCUCGCAAAAAGGAUGUGUGGGACUUGGGAGUAGCCUGCGUGCGAUUGUUGCUCGGAAUCAGCGCUUACGAUCGCUUUGCGAGCCCCUCGGAGGCUCUGUCGUCUGAGGAAGCGGUCCACAGCGUACCUGCUCAUGCGCGAACCUGGAUAUCCAGCCUCCUGGAGCGAGCCACCAAAAGGCGACCGUACGCUGCUGACGCUCUUGCUUCCUUGGAAGAGAUUAUCGCGUAUGAGGACACGCAUGCUCAGUCGGGUAGCGCUACGCGAGAGCCGGGCGACGGAGGCGCCACCCAUGCUGGACAAGCCGAACUUGCGCUCAAGGUGCCGGCCGGCUUGGCUGCCAAGGGCCCAUCUUCGCCACUGGGGCUGCACGACCUCGGCUUACCAUCGGCUGUCCCACCGACGAGACCAGGCAGCUUUUGGCAGCUCCGACACGCAGCAGCGACUCGGGCGAGUGGAGCGAUGAGCAGGUACGAGAGCGAUUUUCAAGAACUCGAGCUGCUCGGAAAGGGUGCAUAUGGAGCUGUCUUUGCUGCACAGAACCGUCUAGACGGAAGAAAGUACGCCAUCAAGAAGAUCAAGCUGUCUAGCUCGGUCGAAAAUGAUGAGCGCACACUUCGAGAAAUCACUGCUCUGUCCCGUCUCAAUCAUUCUUAUAUUGUGAGAUAUGCCACUUGUUGGAUCCAGGAAGAAGAUGCUCACACGACUGCAGGGAGUAGCGAGAUGAGCUCGACGAUUCCUACAACGUCAAGCUUUGCCAAGGGCUCCAGGCCGAGCAAUGGCAACGCCGACGAGUCGCUGCAUCUAGGUUUCGCCGCAGAUGAUUUUUUGUCUGUCGGCCACGACGCUUUUUCCAAAGGUGGAGAGGUCCAUUUUGGAGAAGAACAAGACAGCAGCGAAUCGAGCGAGGGGCCAUCGGAUGCAGAGUCGAGCGAUGAAGAGGAUGACAGCGAUGACGAGAGCUCGGCAGGCGGCGGAUUGCUGGCUCUACGCUCGGUCACCCCGACCAACUCCAUUCGGAAUGGUCGGGCGGCCAGUCAGCGUCCGAGCGCAUCCAGAGCGGCUUCGCGCAGAGCUUCGCACAAACCCGAGACGAGUCCACCGCUUCUCAGUGCUCGACCUCGAUGGCUGUAUGUUCAAAUGGAGCUCGUUGAGAAUCAAACCUUGAGAGAGACGAUAGACAAGGGCAUGACGUUCGAAGAUGCUUGGCGGCUAUUUAGGCAGAUCAUAGAGGCGCUGGUCCAUAUACACUCUCUCGGCAUCAUUCAUCGGGAUCUGAAACCUUCUAAUAUCCUCAUAGAGGCUUCCGGGAAUGUCAAGAUUGGAGACUUUGGUCUCGCCACUACGGCGCAGCAUGCCGGCGACGGACAGGCCCAGACUACGAAUGGAACACUAGACGCGGACUUGAGCGCAUCGACAGAGCUGACGAGCGACGUCGGGACAAACUUGUACAUCGCACCCGAGGUGGAAGCCAAAGGCGGCGGAGGUCGGUACGAUGCCAAGGUAGACAUGUACGCGGCUGGAAUCAUCUUCUUCGAGAUGCUGGCUGCGCAGCGAGUGUAUCAAACCGGCAUGGAGCGCGUGAGCGUCCUCCGACAACUGAGAAGAGCGGAUGUCGUGUUUCCUGACGCAUGGCCAGAAGCGCAACUUGUGCCCCAGACCAAAAUCAUCAAGAUGCUUUUGACGCACGAUCCAACAAAGCGUCCUUCGCCGCUCGAGCUGCUCAAGAGUGAUCUGCUCCCCGCCAAGCUUGAGGACGAAGUGUUGGCCGAGUGCUUGCGGCUCAUGUCGAACCCGUCUAGCGCAUACAACCAUCAGCUUCUAGAAGCUCUUUUCAACCGCGAAGAACCCAAAGAUUUGCGCUGGGCUCGAGAUUUCACUUUUGAUGCCGGCACGGAAGAGAGCGCCGGGCAAGACCAUCGUCUUGUAGCCGUCUUGUGUGAUCACCUGCGACAGAUAUUCCACCGUCACGGCGCCGUCGAGCUGGAUGCCCCUCUUUUGCUUCCUCCGAACGACCUGUACGAUGAUACGCGCAAGCCGGUGGAAAUGCUCGAUAAGACGGGUCAGGUAGCAUGGCUGCCCUACGAUCUCAUCGUUCCUUUCGCUCGUCUUGCGGCGCGCACCCAGAACCAACGCUUCAAGCGAUACACAAUGCAUCCCGUCUACCGGCAAAACCUUCUGGCAGGUGGACAACCGCUAUCGCUUUUGGAAAUCGACUUUGACGUCGUCUCGCCCGAACGCACAUUCGCAGCAGAGGGAGAAAUGCUUGCAGUCAUCGACGACGUGCUCGAGACGACGCCCGGUCUCAAUCCUGAAGAUUGGGUCGUUCUCAUAUCGCACGGGGAUGUGUUGGAUCUUGCACUCGAGCGCGUACCUUCUAAGCAUUAUCAGAAAGCUCUACAGGCCAUCGGUGGAUUCGCUACAAAGGCUGGCACCGCAGCGGCCAGAGCAAAGCUAUUGGAUUUGCACCUUCCUCGAUCCAUCGUCGAAGAGUUGGAAUCCUUCAACGUGUCCGAUAGCAUCGCCGUUGUCCAGCCCAAGCUCGAACGCCUCGUAGCUGUAGAUCUUCGACCGCGCCUCCGUCGAGCCGUUCAAGAGAUAGAGAGCGUCAUCAAGGCUGCAGAACGCUUUGGCUCUAGGAGGCGCUUCUUGUUCACCCCGCUUUUGAUCAGCAACGGCUUCUAUCGCGGUGCUUGCCACUUCCAAGUGGUCAGGUCUUUCAAACGGCGCGAUGUUCUUGCCUCUGGUGGCCGCUACGACUGGCUCAUCAAACAAUUCUCCAGCCCGAGCGGCUCACAAGCACCUCCACAUGCCGUUGGCAUCCAGCUCGCAGCAGGUCGGAUCGCCCUCGCCGUCUCUCGCUAUCACGAACAUGCUCGGACAUACGGCAAUUGGACACCCAGGCGGUGUGACGUAUAUGUCGCUGCAAGCUCUUCUGAUCUGGCAACGCAGCGCAUGGAGCUGUGUCAUGAGCUAUGGGCAGCGGGGAUCAGUGCGGACUUGGCGUACGAAGACAUGGUCUCCUCUUCGCCAGAAGUCCUAGCAGCGACGUGCCGGACCGAAGGAAUCCUCUAUCUCGUGCUGGUGCGGUCCGAGCAUGCGACGACGUGCAAAGUGCGGUCAAUGCUGCACGGCGAUUUCAACGAAGUGCCUCGCGCCGAGUUGGUCGCGUGGUUGGCGGAGCAUAUUGGUCGACAGCGAGCGGGCGAGACGAAUGUCAGCAGCGCAGCUCUGACAAACGCCGCGUUUAGCUCGAGCGCUUCUCACACGCCCAGUAGUGCCGCAUCUGUUCAGUAUUUGGCGCCUGAACGAGCUUCCAACAAUUCUCGCAAAGCGGAGCGAUCGGGCAACAACGACAGGCGCGCUCGUCUGCAAGCACCGGCAGCUGCCAAAGCUGCUAGGUGCGUCGAAGCGAUCUCCAAAGACGCUUCGGGCGCACCCAUCAUCGCGGUGGACCUGGUCGGACCGGCUUUCAAGAGAUUGUGCGCCGCUGCUAUGAUUGGUAAGGAUCAGCGAUUGGAGGGAAGCGGGGAAGAGCGGGAGUAUGUGCGCAAUGUGGUGGACCACAUCUCACAUCUUGACCGUUGCGUAAGUGCUGUCUCCUGAAAGCGUCGCCGCUAUCUGAUUUGGGCUGAUGUGCGUCGUGUCUUUGCUAUCAAGUGGCUGUACUCGAUCAGAGACGAUCGCGCAGUGCUAGUGUGUCGGGACUAGGGCAAGCCUAUGGGAAUGCCACAAUUGCACCUGCACGUCCAUCUUGCCAUUUGAUCUCUUGGAGGUGAUGUCCAUUGAUCCAGCUUCUGAUAUCUCCAAUGCCGAAUCUUGGGCUUCGUUGGCCACACCUGGCAUCGGUGUGAUCAUCGCCGUGCGCAGGCGUCUGUCCGCUCCCCAAGACUGUCGUUUCAACGUGAAUUGAGACUUGUCACAAAGUCAACCUCUUCAAGAUCUUCCAGUUGCUAGCU